AUGUCGGGGAACACUGGUGAUCAAGCGAGCGGUCAGACUGGCGGCCAGCCAAGCCAGGACAGUCAGACCGGAGGACAACCAAGUAACCAGAACUGGGGAGACAACGAACCCAACAACCAGGGGAACGCCGGACAAAACAACAACGCACCCAGCAGUCAGGGAAACGCCGGACAAGGCAACAAUCAGCCGGGCGGAAACUUGACAAUGGAGCAACUGGCGGAUAUGUUUGAUCGAGUGGAAGAUUUCAGACGUCAACGCGACGCGGCGCGAAAUCCUCCUCCCCCGCCGCCUCCACCUCCCCCACCGCCUCACCAACCAUUCCAACCUCCCUUGCAUCCCCCUUUCCAACAAGCGAACCCUCCAUUCCAACAACAGGCGAAUCCCGGUGUUGGACAGACCAUCAACUUGACGCUCGACCAGUUCCAGCAGAUGUUGACUCACGUGGCGGGAGCCACGAACCAAGUCGGCCAGUACAAUGGGAACAAUGACAACAGAUGGGAUGGAUGGAAGAUCCAUCACAUCGGAUACUUCCAACCCACGACGGACGAUGACGACUGGAACGCAACGUCCUAUACUUCCAAGUCAGAGACGAUCUGGCAGGAUGUAGACAGUUUUAUCAACAGCAUUCGAACCAACGCGACAACACAGGACCGAGCUGAUAUGAUUUGUCGCAACCUAGCUCAAUUGUUCAGAGGCAAGGCAAGCCAAUGGUGGAUCAACCUCCUGUCGGACGUUGACAGAUUCCAAUUCUCCAGAACAUUGGACAGCUGGUUCGCCGCCUUAAGAUCGAAAUUCCGCCUGAGCGUAGCGGAGGCAAACGACAAGUUGAAUGAACUCCACUACACGGACGAACUGUGCUCCAAAGGAAUUGACGUCAAUGAAUGGGCGGCACGCGUGAUGUCGAUGUCAAAGUCGGCAAUGAUGACAGAACCCUACCAACAGUUGAUUCAAGUUUGGUCAAGACUUGAUGGUGCUAUUCAAGAAUUGGUCUUUGAACCUACACCAGAUGUUCCAGUCAAUGAGUGGUUGUCUCACCUGACGGAGAAGGUCAGGUCGCACAGAAACAAGCUCAACAAAGUAUCAUUCAACACAGCAAUGAUCAGGAAAGGAAAGACUGGAACACCGUACAACCAAUUUCUCGAGACGACUCCUUCCGGAUCAAGCGCUGCCGCUGUAUCUUUCCAUGUAGCCCCAGACGGGACAACCGACGAUUCAUAUUACUUCGGAAGACAGAAUAAUCGCUACGAUAACCGUGAUCGUGGCUCCAACUAUCGCAACUACGGUCGCGGAGGUUUCUUCUCCAAGCAAUACAACGAUCGCAAUGACAAUCGCUACAACGAUCGCAAUGACUCUCGCGACGCCAAAAAAUGGGACAACGGAAAGAAAGUACACUUCAACCUUCAGAACAACGGUAAUCGCUCCCCUGACUACCGAAAUGACAAUAGAAGAAGGGACUUCAGGCGAUUUGACAGAAGAUUCGACAACCGACGUCCAAGGUUCUCAGGCAAAAGAUGGUACCGCAGAUGGGUGCCACGAUCAAGGGAAGUCGCCUAUUGGUUCAACGAAGAGGGAGAUGAAAUCCUGGUCGAAGCGAACUCUGACGAACGUGAUGAAAUCGAACAUGCGCUGAAGGAAGAAGGAUACUCGUUCGUUAACCAGGUGCAACUGGAUGAAAAUGAUAUUGCGCAAGCGGAACAAGUGCUCGGAAGCGAGUACAAUGGGUCUGAUGAAUCAACCUCCCAACCAGCCUUCCCACCAGAAAACCCAGAAACAUGCUACGCCUUGGAGUCGAUCAAGACAUCAGACAUUCCUCCAAUCAAUGCGUCCAGAGACCUGACUUGUACGAAGUGCGGUGAGAACUUCGAGUCUGGAAACAAGCUCCACCGACACAUUCGUGCAAACGAAUGUCACAGAAGUUGGGUAGCUCGAUAUGCAACAGACGCAAAAUACUACAAAGCACCAUUCCCUAAGACCAUGCGAGCCGUCAAUGGACUUGUCAAAGUCGAAGACAAGGUUCGUUUUUCCUUUUUCGUGCCCGGGACGACGCCCAAUGGGAUGAACGCCUUCUCGAAGUUCACAGUGGAGGCAUGGGUGAUCGAGCAGCUGGAACCUAAUAUGCUGCUCGGGACAAACUGGAUGUUUGAAUAUCAGGUAUCCAUCCUGAUGGACGUCGAACAACUCAAGUUCGGGAACUGCGAGAACAUGACUUCGAAAUUUGAGUACGUCCAGAAGAAAAAUCGCACAGCCAGCCCCGUCAUGAUCGCCCAGAAUAAAACAAUCCCACCAAAGUCAGUAGAUUGGGUAAACGUCUACUAUAACCCAAUCGAUGAGGUGGACGAUCAUUAUGCUACAAGGGUCUUCCAUUUUAUGUCGAGCGACAAGAUGGUCAAAGACCAUGUCAUGACGUUGGAGAACGACGCAUUCAACCGCCAAACAGGAAGAGCAUUGGUCUACAACGACUCUGAUGUCCCACGAAAGUUCAAAAGAAAGAAUCGCAUCGGAACCAUCUACGAUUUUGACGAUGAAGCCGAUACGCCAAUUGAAAGCGAGGAGUCUUUGUUUCAUCUUUGGAACGCAUCAGACGACGAGGGUUUCAUUGAUCCUGAUGGAAGUCCCCCGAAAGAACCAAUGCAGAGAGCAUGGAAACAAUGGUCUCCUACAAGACCACCUGACGUACCUGAGAUCAAGUUGGACAAUGGCGUCCACGUGUGUUCAAUCAACUCAUCUGAGGCAGAGAGGAUGAGACAGAUCGUUGAGUCAUUUGAUGUGUGGAGAGAUCGUGGGAUCAUCCCAAUGCGCGAGGAAGACAAGAUGCGUAUCGACCUCGUAGACGGUUGGCAAAACCUUAAGUUGUCAACCAGACCCUACCAAAUUGGCUUGGCGGACCGAAAAGUUCUUGAUGAGGUACAUGACAAACUACACGAAGCCGGAAAGAUGGAAUGGAUGCUCCAACCAUCGAGAUUCGCCAGCCCUGUGUUCGUGGUUUGGCGACUGGUUAAUGGAAAGAAGAAAGGACGCGUGGUAGUGGACCUGCGCGCUCUGAACAAGGCCUCAGUACCAGAUGUCUAUCCGAUUCCGACGCAACAGAACAUCAUCGCCAAGGUCAGAGGGAAGAAAUACAUGACAAUGUUUGAUGCGUCGGCGUUUUUCUUCCAACUACCCGUACUUACGAGACAUCGUGAUCGAAUGACCAUCAUCAGCCCGAGAGGACUUGAGACAUCCAACGUUGCAAUAAUGGGUUUCAAAAACAGCCCAUCUUACGCCCAAAGGUUCAUGGACAGACUCCUACAUCCUUAUCGCGGUUACGCAUGUGCGUACAUCGACGAUAUCCUUGUCUACAGUGAUACAUUUGAGGAACAUUGCGAACACGUGAGAAUGGUCCUUUCGGCAUUCCAAAACAUCGGUCUUGCGCUUUCACCACACAAAUCAUUCUGCUGUUACCCUUCCGUUACAUUGUUGGGCUUCAAGGUUGACGCCUUGGGUAUGGCGACAACGGAGGAACGGACAGCAGCUCUGGCGAAGAUCAAAAUGCCGGACAACUUGGGUGCACUUGAGACGUACCUUGGCAUGACAGGAUUCUUGCGAUCCUUUAUAUACCAGUACGCGCAGAAGGUUGAACCACUCGAAGCAAGGAAAAAGGCACUGUUGGAAGAACUACGGAAGAAGGACGUGAAGGUACAGAAAAUCAACAAGGCGAUACGAGCGAAAAACGUGUCCAAGAUGACCUUUCAGCCUACUGAAAGGGAGAUCCAAUCAUUUAACAUCCUCCAGAAGUACCUAUCAAAGGAGAUUUCGUUAUACCAUCAGGACCCGUCAAAGACAUUGUUCAUUAAGCUGGAUUCGAGCAAGCAUGGCAUGGGUGUGUUUGUUUUCCACCUAGCGUCCGACCAUUGGGAUGGAAAAAGACUGCCUAUCAAAGAGAUCCAACCAAUCAUGUUCCUGAGCAGGAUGAUUAAACCAGGAGAGAAAGGAUAUGUUGCCACGGAGUUGGAGGUCGCGUGUCUGGUCUGGACAUGCAAGAAGAACAGAGCACUUAUCAAUUCCUGCCAAAAACAACCCGUCAUUCUCACAGACCACGCUGCCACGAAAGGCGUGGUAGGACAUACAAGCAUCGACACCACGGAUACAACGAAAGCUAACCAACGACUGAUGAACGCUUCCAUGUACCUGAGCCAAUUUAGUCUGAACGUUUGUCAUAUACCUGGAAAGGCCAACCUCGUGCCGGACGCAUUAUCGCGACUACCUACGUUGGAUAAGAAAGACCAACUGGAAGAGAUGACCAAAGGACAUCGACUCGCCAACGAGUUGGAUGACAUAUGGGAUGACAAAGAUGAGGACGAUGGAUUUUUCCCGGAUAACGCAUAUUUUGGCAUGGAAUCAACGAGCAAUCUCACGAUCGACCCAGAGUUGAGGAAAUCAAUUGAACAAGGAUACGCUGAGGAUGAAACCUGGCAGCGAAUCUAUGAUACAUUGAUCAAAAGGUCCUCAAAAGGUGAUACGACAGUCAUGGACCCGACACAGAAGACAACAAAGAUUCGUUACCCCUUCUGCCUUGAGCACGGCCUAAUCUACAGACGCGAUUACGACGGUCGCUACAACCUAUGCGUCCCAUCGUCAGCGACGAACCGCAAGAAGAUGCUUGGGGAAAUGCAACCUACGUUCACUCCGGCGCAGCCAUAUCACACGGUUGUCAUUGAUUUUAUCAUAGGUCUGCCGCCAGAGGCCCAGAACAGGUCGUUCUGGCGACUCACGGAUGUCACGGACAUGUUCGACUCUAUGAUGACCGUGACCUGCAAAUGGUCAAAGAAAUCAAUCCUCAUCCCCGGAUCUGCCGCUAAAAUGAAAGAAAGAUACGACGGAGCCCAUCAGCCAGUUGAUUUCAAGGUUGACCAAAUGGUCUAUCUAAAGCUACAUAAAGGCUUUAACGUCCCCGGGAAGCCAUCUCGUAAAUACUCCCAACAAAGAGCCGGACCAUUCAAAGUCAAAAGACGAGUCGGCCCCUUGGCGUACGAGUUGGACCUACCACCGACGUGGAAGAUCCAUCCAAUCAUAUCAGUCAUCCACUUGUCGGCGGCUCCUACUGACAAAGAUCCAUGGGAAAGGAACGUCGAAGAACCCGGACCUGUCGAAGUCGAAGGAGAAGAAGACCAAUGGGAAAUCGAGAAGAUCACUGAUAGAAAGCUAAUACGACCAAAGGGAAGACAGCCGUUCGUCAAGUACCUGGUGAAAUGGAAAGGUUACGGCAAUGAACACAACGAAUGGAAAAAGAGAAGCGAGUUGAUCCUGACGGCCCCAAAGAUUGUCGAACAAUGGGAAGAGAAGCACCCGGCCAUGGAAUGGCUGAGGAACGUGGUGAUCACUAGCAGGAUGCCAAGGCGUACUGCGCAACAACGCCUCGAAUCAACAGAGGCCCAAGGACGGUUCGAAAUCCGUGAAUUUCUAAAGGCCUUCCUUCCAAAGUGCGCCCUCAACAUCAACAAAAGACCGGUAGAGGGAUCAAACCACGAACAGGCGCUUCAACUGUUCGACCAACUAACACAAGUGAUGCUGGACCAAGAGGUCUACAAAGUCACAGAAUACCAACAAUGGAAAGGUCGAAAACGUCUCAGUGAACUUGUGAGGGAGGUCGAAGCAAUCGCGAGACUGCAUCAACGAGACGCCAUUGUCCCAAUCAAGAAGUCCAUUGGUUGGUUCUACCUCGCGAUGUUGUAUCACAUCCGUGGAAAGACAGAUACUGUUGAAAGAUACUAUCAACAGAUCAAGUUGAUUGAACACCUGCCAACUGCCAUCUACGCGGCAUUGGAUGGUUUGCCCGACAACAAACCGAUCCUGGUUAGAACAUCGACACCAAUGAUCCAGCCUCAGGGAGUCAUCGAACUGGACAACGGCGAGACGAACGAUGAAAUCAAAAUCGAAGACCUUGAAGAAGUCCCACGAAGCCACCUCCCCUCCCGGGAGCUAGCUGGUGUUGUCCAGGCCGGACUGAACAUCCGACACAACGCCGUGCAAGUCACUCAACCCCCGAAGCACGUCAAAACAAUUGAGGUUACCAUUACCUACAAGCGCGAUGAGAUUGAAAACAAAUACGCCGAACUGUUCGACAAGUUGAUGGGAGUCAACGUCGAUAACAACAGUCUGCGUAACGAAGUUCGCAAGCUCACCGAGAAUGAAGUGAGGGUCGUCUCACAACAGACCAAAGCGAAGCUUUGGAACUUCGGCGAAUACCACAACGCGCCCCAUUUGAAGGAAUGGGUCAACACGAAGGAAGAUCUGACUGAAUUGUCAGUCCAAGUGACCAAGGAACACGAACCGGAGGGAAGAUGGUCGGACAUGUCACAUAUCGCCCGCAAGUUGUACCAGUACUCGUCAAUCGAUUCGACCAACCAGUUGUGCAAGAAACUGGGCACCCUUUCAAAGAUCGCGACUGACGCGGCAGACAAACUGAAGAAGGGAACAGAGAAUGCGGAUGAUUACAACGGAUGCGCGAUGGACGCAGCGGAGGAGAUCAUGCAAGCCCGAAAGCUGGUACGCGACAAGGCACCAAACAUCCUCGAAGAAUUCGACCAGAUUGUCACGGGUUGUCGAGACUGGACAAUUAUCCAGGAGCUGAGAAACCAUCGCGCUUGUGAGCUCCUACCCGAACUUCCUAUCCCCUCAAGACGCCGAGCGUCCAUCGAGGAAGAAGAAGACCUGUAA